CACUGAAAAAUAGUUGUGUAGAAUACAAGAUGGCGACAAACAUCGAAUUAUAAUUUUGGCCGAAUUUUAAUCAUUUUUGGUUAACAAAGUACAAGUGUACUAAAAUUAAUCGCUUUUAUUAGCAAAUAACUAAAUUUCAUGCUGCAUGGAACUAUCAACACAUAUAUUUCCAUUCGUAAUUGCAAGAAAAAUGCUACAAUGCCUAUCAUGUCACCUUGUUACGCAAAGAAAAUUUCAUUUGAACUAAAUUUUCGUUAACGUUAAUGGCAACAAAAAUUUCAUUUAGGAUACCUCUAUGGAUUUCUUUACGAACAUUUCGCCAGAGGUGCAUACUGCGCUAAAUGCGAAACAGCCAACUUUGAAUCCCAUUGCUCGCCCAUCGCCCCUUCUACUCUCGGCUAGAACUCUGCAAAUGGACAUGAGCAAAAGUGCUGCUAGCUCUAUCAUAUCAUCGAAUUUAACACGUGAAAGUAAUUCCUCCAUAAUGCGUGAUCAAAGGCGUCGUCAAUCUUCGGUUAAUGCUGUAUCCUGGAAUGACACCAUUUCCAUACAACAUUCUAGCAAUGCUCCCAGAACCUCAACAACGGCUGAGGAAAGCCAAUGUGUUACCAUGCGCCAACAAUUGUUGCAUAGACGCCAUCAAAGUUUAGGCAAUGCCAAGUAUACCAUAGAUGAUCAACGUUCCUCACAGAAAUCCCAAAACGAUGAGGCUCCAAAACGCCGUCGCUCUAGCAAUUUGUGGUGGGCCCAAGAGGAGGCCAUGAGGAGCAAUGCACGCCGCCCCUAUAGUUGGGGUCCCGUGGGUACGGAUAUUUUUGCUACGGACUCUACCUCGUUAAUGUACCAGACUGCUGCCUACAUGUGUGACCUGCGCUUGCUGCAUGGACAAUGUAUUUUAUGGAAUUUCUUUUGAAAAAUAUGUCUUGUUUCAUACUCUUUUUCCAAGCAAUAUAUUUUUUCUAUUCAAAUUAGCAAAAACAAAAAAUGUACAAACAAAAUAAAUGCUUUCGAUGAAACCAGAAAUAAAGACACCCCUUUUUUAA